UUUUCACGAUGGAAACACGCGUGGUAAAACGCGCGUGAUAACCACGCAUAGUUGAUCUUUGUGGUUCCAGCGACAGCAUCAGGAAAUAUGGCGUGCAAUAUUCCUCCUAAGUUUGAUGAUCUGGGAAAAGAAGCAAGGGAUGUCCUUGGAAAAGAAUAUAGUUAUGGAUUCUUUAAACUUGAUGCCAAAUCAUAUUCAAAGAAAGGCGUAGAUUUUUCUGCUGCUCUUUCUUCUAGCAAUGAGAGUGGUAAAGUUAGUGGAAAUUUAGAAACAAAAUACAAAAAUCCUAAACAUGGUUUGACCCUCUCUGAAAAAUGGACAACUGACAAUGUGCUUAGCACUAAUAUCACAGUUGAGGACCAGCUUGUUAAGGGAUUGAAACUGUCAUUUGACACCACAUUUUCUCCAGGAAGUGGUAAGAAAGCAGCCAAGAUCAAGGCAGACUACAAGAGGGAUUACGUACACCCUACUGCAGAGAUUGAUUUUGAUUUUGCCGGACCCUUAGUCACAGCAUCAUCUGUUUUUGGUUACAGUGGAUGGGUAUGUGGUGUUAAUGGCACAUUUGAUACAGCCAAGUCAAAUCUCACCAGCAACAACAUUGCUAUUGGCUACAGAUCUUCAGACUUUAUUCUGCAUUCAUCUGUAGCCGAUGCUUCAAAGUUUGUGGGAUCAGUUCAUCACAAGAUCAAUAACAAACUUGAAGCAGCAGCUCUAAUGAACUGGUCAUCAGGUAGUGAAAGUGUAAACUUUCAGGUUGGCAUGAAGUAUAUCAUUGAUCCAAUCUCAUCAGUCAAGGUAAAAGUGAACAAUAGCAGCCAUAUUGGUUUGUCGUAUUCACACAAGCUAAGCUCAGCUGUGAAGGUUGGUCUAUCUGGGCUUGUUGAUGCAAAGAAUUUAGACCAAGGUGGACACAGAAUUGGUUUGUCCCUUGAUGUUGAAUUUGAAGGCAAAUAAGAAACUCUUUUGGAAUGUAUAUGAACUAACUUUAACAAUUUUUUGUCUGUUGAUCAUUACCAGCUGUGGAUUGUCAAUUAUAACUUAGUCAACUUGAAUAAAGGGUUUGAAAAACUGCCAACAUGA